CGUCAUCAGUUUGCCGUCAUAUUUUAGUGGAGUGGACGUAAUUACUCUCGUCGUCUGUUGGCGCGAAAGGAACGAAUUAUCUACUUCCUAAACUUGGAUAUUACUGAAAAGACUCUUUUAUAUAAGUGUUUUAAUAAGAAGAUAAGAAUUUCGUUGUUUAAAUAUGUCGUCAAAUACGUCAUCCCCAAAUAAGAUGGACAGCAAUGGCUCACAAGCUAUGAAUCAUCUGGUUCAAGGUAAAAGACACAUGCUGGUGCAAGAUUAUUCUUCAGCAGUAUAUAGCUUACAAGAAUCUUGUCAGUUAUUUGGCAAGCAUUAUGGAGAAACUGCAAAUGAAUGUGGUGAAGCUUAUUUUUGUUAUGGAAAAGCAUUAUUAGAAUUAGCAAGAGCAGAAACUGGAGUUUUAGGAAAUGCUCUUCCAGGAGAUUCUGGGGAAGAGGAAGAAGAAGGUGAAGCAACAGACACUGAAGAAGGUGAAAAUACUGAGAAAAGUGCAGAAGAUAAAGAUGAUGAUAAGGAAGACGAAAAGGAGGACGAUGAUGAAGAUAAUGAUAAUGAAGAGGAGGUUAGUGAAGAAGAAAGUGAAAAAACAUGUAAUUUGUCUCCAGAUAGUACAUCACAAACAGGUGAUCCUACAGAACCUGGUUCGUCGUCUGGUGCACAAAAGGAAGAAAAAGAAGAUGAAAUUUCUAACUUACAGCUUGCAUGGGAAGUUUUAGAAUUAGCAAAAUUAAUUUUUAAAAGACAGUCAGAAAAUAAAGCUAUGCAAUUAAAGACAGCAGAUGUUCUCUUAAAAUUGGGUGAAGUGAGCAUUGAAUCAGAAAAUUAUAAGCAAGCUGUGGAAGACUUAUCAGAAUGUUUAGAGUUACAAACAAAACUAUUAAAUUCAGAUGAUAGACAAAUUGCUGAAACCCAUUAUCAAUUAGGUCUUGCUCAUUCUUUUGAUAAUCAGUUUGAUGAUGCAAUUAGUAGCUUUAGAAAUGCAAUGUCAGUAAUAGAAUUGAGGAUUUCAAAUUUGAAACAAUUAGUGAAGGAAAGUGGAAGAAUAGAAAAACCACUAUCUGAUCUGGAAUGCAUAAUGUCAAUUGCAGAUGAUGAUCCAGUCACUAAAGCAAUGGUAGAAAUAAAAGAACUGGAAGCUAUCAUACCAGAUAUAAAGACAAAAAUAGAAGAUAUGGAGGAUCUGAAAAAAAAUACUCAAGAAGCAUUAAUUGAAGCAACAUUACAAAAAAUGGAAGAAGUAUGUUAAUUCUAUUUUUUUACC